AAAUGGGAUGGAUGAGAGCAGGAAAGGGGGGCGGGGGGGGCAAUAAAUUUUUUAUUAAUACGUAGUGUGUUGUCAAAUUACCAGAAAGACGCGAGAAAUAGACGGUAUCUCUAUUUCGAAUUUAUAUAAAAUUCUACAUUUUAAAAGAUUACAUCAAGCAUCGUUCGUUUAACGGCAGUGCGAAGAAUCUGUGUGUGCAGGUUAAAGAGGUUAUAUUAACAAGUUGACAGAUUGAUCACAGUCGAAACGUACAAUAAUCGGAUGACAUACAUCAAUAUCAGUAGAAUAAUGAGUAUCAAUAAACAAAUAUUAAAGACAAUGAAUAAAGCAGAGGAGGAAUACGUUGAGAAAACAUUCGUCUACAAGUUUCCGACAUGUACUACGAAUCAAGAAUAUGUACUGGAAAUUCCAUUAAAAAUACCGUAUCACGGCUCCAUAAAAGAAUUAAUGUAUCGUAUAAUGUCGUCAUUCAAACUACCUUGUUAUGUGGAAUCGGAUUUAUUGGAAGCCCUGCAGCAAAAUAUCAAAGAGCUUACGCUGCAGUUUCAUGACGAAAAAGCAGAGAAACUUAUCGAAGCUGCCAAAACGGGCAAUUUAGAUUUAGAGGACAUAAUUAAAAACUGGGAGAAAAUAUACAAGCAGAAGACCGUAGAAUAUUCUGAUCCUAUUGGGACCACAGAUGAGGAAUUAUUUGCCGCAGCGUAUCACAGAUUAGUGCAUUCUCCGUCUUUAGAACCAAUUCUGCAGGCAGAACAUAAAUUUGGUCGGGAUGUUACUGAAGUAAUUCAAAUGAGAGAUACCGACUAUGAGAAUCUCACACAAAAACAAACCGAUGAAAUGCGCGUUGCCGUCGAGACUCUCGAAGCAGGAUCCACCGAAAAGUCCAUAAACGACAUGGCUGGUCGUCAUUUCGAAGAACAAAGUCUACUGCAAGGUUACUGGGGAUCCAAAAUUGACGCUUUGAGAUUGGAUCAACGCCGGCAAUACCGAAAUUGGAUCAUGAGACUGCUCGAAGAACAACAGACCAGUAUGGUAUCCACGCCAAUGGGUUCACCUAUGGUGCCGCUACCGCCGUUGCGUCCGGCUUUAGACAAAUUCGUUCACAGCGAGGAGAAGCAAAUGACAGAUUAUCCCCUGUUAGAAGAAAGCUUCACCAUACAUUUGGGAUCUCAGAUGAAACAAAUGCACAACAUACGCAUACUGACCGGAGAUGUGUUUGAUUUUUGCCGCACGAAAAACAGCGAGUCUGGGAUGGAUCCAACACCACAAAGAUUGCAAACAGCGUUAGGACUGUAUUCGAACGAUCUCUGUGGAUUAGUCCUCUUAAGCGAUAAUCAUUUAGGCAGUUAUUCUGGAAUAACAAAAGAACUAUGUUCGAUAUGUCAGUUAACUACGGAAUUUCAUUUUCCAUCUAUCGAUGAGCAAUUGGAAAAGAUUCGGGAAGACGUGAAGGAUGCCGUUGCAUGGAGGCAGGCACAUUAUAGGGAAGGAAGUGAUUCCCAUGCGAAAAAAUCAACGACAAGCAAGAGUCUGCAAACAGGCGACGUUUUUAUCACAAGGCAUUCCAAUCUGGCACAAGUUCACGUGGUGUUUCACAUGGUGGUCAACGAUUCCCUGAGAUCUGGUGAUAUCAACUCGAGACAUCCUGCUAUUCUGGGAUUACGAAAUAUUCUGAAAACGGCGUGUUGCAACGAUGUGACAACGCUGACAAUACCCGUGCUGCUCGUUCAUGAAAUGUCAGAGGAUAUGACGGUCGCCUGGUGCACGAAGCGAGCAGAGCUAGUCUUCAAAUGUGUAAAAGGCUUUAUGAUUGAGAUGGCGUCCUGGGGUGGAGCUGAGUUAAAGAAUCUCCAGUUUCUCGUGCCGAAAGGAAUGUCGGAAGAGGUGUUUGGAACGUUAGCCACAAUGUUGCCUAGCAUAUUUCGGGUGUCGAACCCGUUAGUUUUCAAGGCUACCAGCACGCCGCAAACCCCGAAAAAGUGAACGACUCCCCUUGUUAUCGUAACAUACGUCGGAAACGCUGUUUAUAUUUAUUGUUUAUCGUGCAUAUGAUAUGCAGUCGCAAUUAUUCAUCGCGGGCGCGAAAAAAGAUACGGUUCUGUGAACGUCUGACUUUUAAUGAGCUUUUUGUUUAUAUUAUUUUCACACAAUUGAGAUUUCUCUCCCGAAUAGGACAGAUAUUUGCAAUAUUUAAAAAAAGCCUCAAAUAUCUUGAGAAUUAUUUAGUGUAUGCUGCAUUUCUCUUUUUUAAAUGUUAUUAAUAAAAUAUUUUAAUAUUUA